AGUGUUCAGUUUCGCGGAGCAAAAGAGUGACUAUUUGCGGGUGGAGAUUGCAAGAAAUUUAAAUCCCCCGGGUUGAGCUCGACACGUAUAAGAAGAUAUUCCAGUCAUUUUUGUUUGUUUCUUUCUUUUGUUCCUAUUCACAGUUUCACGUAGUAAAUGUCCAAUCGAUAGAAAAUCGGUGCUGAAGUUUUCGAGGGUUUUUUCACUCUCUGUGAAAGGCCAUGGCGGUGGAAGCGCGGCCGGAGCUGGUUGGGAAGCGGUUCCUGUGUGUUAGCGGCGAGGAGCCGCUGGAACUCGGGGAGAUUGGACGCUGGGGAUGGCGAGCCGGGGUCAUCCGUGCAGUAUCUCACCGCGACAGUGACAAUGCAGAGUUGACGGU